CAUUGCAUGAGGAACAGGGGGGUAGUUUUGGGCGAAAUUAAUUUUUUUUUUCGUAUUAAUGUCAACAAAUUCGAUUUUCAUGAAUUUCAAACGCAGGUAAGCAAAGUAUUCAAUGUUUGAAUGUUCGGCGUGAGUUCGGUAACUCGUGAAGGAAUCUGAUUGUGUUAAAUGCAAUAACAGUUCAGUUCCCCCUUCCCCCCUGUACACGGUUCAAACGCGUUGUCGGCCAUUUUCUCGUCCUCGACAUUAUUUGGAAUCUGCAGACAAACUUGCUGUUUGAGUGAAUCACGAUGUUUCUCUCGGCUAUUAUGAAAUGUAAGGACUAUUAUCACUUUAACACGUUAUUUUGUUGAGAAAAUUCAGUUUGAUGCACAUUUUAGACAAACAUUUAAACAUAUUGUAGUGCCCGCGAGACAGCUCGAUACCCCCCAGCGACUCAUGACGUCACAUUAUCACAACGAACCAUAAUCGUGUUAUUUAUCAUAGCCAUUUCUUAUGAUUUUAUUCUUAAAUUGUCUUCCCUGAAUCGUUUCGAGAGUAAAAAAAAAUUAUCUUGUCCAGUUUUAAAAUUUAAUAUAAUAUUUUAUAAUUACAGAUUGAAGGUCAGCAAACAAAUCCACCUGUUUAAGCAAUGUAAAAUGAGAUACGCUGCAAUUACUACCAAUAUAAAUAGGCCUAAGUAAUAGAAUAAAAAUGCAACACUAGGCCCCCAACACUACUCACUUAACUAACUCACUAUAAUAGUACAGUAUAGUCACUAUCUAGUAAAGUUAUACUACUACUACUACACUACAGUGAGUGACUACACUACACACUACUCACACAUGCCUAUAACGCCUCUUGAGUCUUAAAAUUUUUAAGUUAAACUAAAGUAAAUUCCUAAAAUGCCAUGGAAUCUCAUCAUUGCACAAAAUGAUUUAGUUUUAGAAAUCUAGAUCAAUUAAUUUUAUCAUUAUAUAUAAGUUAUUUUCAGAUGCCAUUGAAUAUGUGAAGAGCAUUACUGCUCUGUUACAUUCAAGUGGUCAUAAACAAUUUUAAAUGUGGUGUUCAUAGAUCAAACUGCUAUGAAUGAUAAUAAAUCUUUAAAAUUAAAUUGAUUAAAAAUUAUAAAAUAUUUGCAUCCAAAAUAAAAAAAACAUUAAGUCUUUAAAAAUGUAUAACCUAACAAGGAACACAAUUUUUCCCCCCUCAUGUUUUUUCCAGAGAUGUCCGAGUCAGAAUGUGGCGCAAUCUGCGUACGCAAAGAUGUCAUGGACAAGUUCAAUGUAAUUAUGGAAGAGACCAAGCUGGAUGCUAAUGAACUAAUGGAGCAUUUUUUUGGACUUUAUAACUGGUAGAAAAAUUAUACAUUGCAUGCUUGAAGCUUAGUUUUUUUAAAAUAAAAUAUUCACGAUCAUAGAUAAAUGAUGUUCAAAUCUAACACCAUUAAAAAAUAUUAUUUUUGUAAUUUAAAAAGAUUUCAAGCCUAAGAAUUUGUAACUGAUAGCUUUCUAAAAUUUAAUUGACCAAAUAUGUUUUUAAAAAGUUUUAGACAAGAAUUUUGCAUUGAAAAGAAUGGAAAAUGCUAAUAGAUGAAAUAUAGUGAAACCAAAUAAUUUGGAAACUUGCAUCACUUUUGAUGAUUAAUCUAAUCAUACGUUUGCUAUAUCACAUGUUUGCGAAAAGAUACCCAAAUUCAGCAGUCCGUGAUCCCCUCUCAGUUCCCUCAGUUUCUUAGUAUGACACAGAAGACAGUGGAGUCAGUUAAGCACUGGAUGACAAUAAACAAGCUCAAAUUAAACGAUGAAAAGACUGAGCUGAUCCCCAUUGCUACCGCUCAGAAGCUAAAAUCCAUAAAUAACACACCAUCCCUUACUCUCUCAGGUGUGCAGAUUGAGUUAGCUCAAACAGUGUGAAACCUGGAUGUCUACUUAGACAGAACACUAACUAUGGAAAUCACAUUAACAUGCUUUGCAAGGCGAUUUUUCUAGAGCUGCACAGAAUUAGUCAUAUCAGACUUUCUUUAACGUUUGAAGCAUUAAAGAGGCUGAUGUCUGCGUUCGUGCUAUCACGCAUGGUAUACUGCAAUGCUCUCAUAGUGGGUCUUCCGGCUACGCUCCUGGAUAAAAUUCAAAGAGCACAGAAUAAUGCGGCUCGCAUUGUUCUGCGCAAACGCAAAUUUGACCUUGCUAAAACACGUCUGAGAAGCUGCAUUGGCGGCCGGUCCGAGCUCGCAUAGAGUAAAAAAUUGCAACUCUGUGCUACCGCUGCUUGCAUGACCUUGCGCUGGCCUAUCUCAAUGCUCUCCUGACGCCUUACGUACGCACUAGAUCACUUCAUUCAUCCGAUUGUGACAAACUCUGGAUACAGCGUGUUCGCCUUGUGACAUACAGAAGGCUCACUUUCGCUUUUGCUGGUUCAAAAAUCUGGAAAGCCCUUACUGUCACUCUCAGAAAUAGCGAGACACUGCAGUCUUUCAAAACUGAGUUGAAAAUACAUCUUUUUUGCACUCACCUGUUGAGGUGAUAUAGACUACCUCAUUUUUUCCAGCCUGCUCAUAUUCCUUGAUGUAUUUUGGCUUGUAUGUAGAUUUUUUAUUGUUGCGUUUCGUUUUUUAAUGUGGAAAAAAUAUAAAUUGUCAUAUAUGGUUGACUUUGUACCACGCUUUGAGCCUUAAUUAGGGAUGAAGAGUGUUUUUGAAAUGAACUUUAUUUUUUAUUUUUAUCAUUAGCUCAAAUUGGCUGAUGAGGAUGUGUCUGAGUGUGACCCCCCCCUUUUAGAUAAGUUAUAUCAUUUAUGUAUGGCACCCUGGUGAUGUGUAUUUUCCAUGAAAUAAAUCUAUAUUUCAAACAUUUUAUCUAUAUUAUCUAUUUCCCUUCUAAAAUAUUUAAUAAUGUCUUUUUGCCCAAAUUCUUGAAUUGUGUGACUGACUGUGAGGAGAAAUGUUAAUUUUUUACAUGAGAGGGGAAUGGUGAGUAGGCAUCACCCUUUUGUGAAUGUUCAGGAAAUUAUAAUAUAAAGAGAGGAGAUUUAAGUUAUGGCUAUAAGUAAGUAUAUUAUGAUUAGUCUAUUCCCUAUAGCUCUCUUAGGCUACUGGUACCAUAAAUAAGUGUCCAAUGCUUUGUCUAUUCCUUAGCUGUGUUAAGCUUGUUCACCCUAACAAAUCUAUGAUCCCAAACCCUGGUGCAGGACUGACUCCACAAAUCAGCGCAGCCCAACUUGUGCAGUUGCAGCAGCACCACCAACAACAGCAGCACAGACAAAUGUAAGCCCCUCCAGAUUUGAUUAAGUAAACCCCCUUCAUGCUGUCAGAGCAUAGAAAAAAUGUAAGUUCAUUCAGAUUUGAUUAGGUAAGCCCUGGCAUGCUGUUUGCGGCAUAGACCAUUAUAUACUGUAAGUUGAAAUGAAUAACAGAUUAUGUAGUCAUAAAAUAAAAAUAAUUAUGUGAUUAUCACUUUUACAGCAAAGUGCAACAUGAAUAUGAUUUUUCUCAGUAUGUGUUAUGUGGCAGUUGUACUGUGGUUGACACAGUUUGGAAGUUAUAAAUUAAGUCUCUGGUCAUAGCAGAAGUUGACACUUAACAAGUGUCGAACAAGAGGAGCUUGUGAUUAGGAAAAGUUGACAUUUUUUUUUAAUGUUGACAUUUUGAGGUAUUCACAGAAUGAGUUUUAAAAUAAAAAAGAUGUUUUCAGUUUGGUAGCCUGAAAAAAUGUAAAAAAAAUGUUGGUCCUCAGCCUGGAGAGAAGGAGAAACUUAUUGCAGAGUUGUUCAUUUCAGGAAUAAUAAACUCAAACUUUCUUAUUGGACCAAAUGGAACAUUGUCCAUUUUUGGAAUAAAAAUCUGUAAUUUACUUACUAUCAAAACAUCCUCAUUGUUACCAUCAUCAUUAUCACCCUAUUUAUUGUUCUUGCCAUGCAAAUUUUUUUUGCAUCUAAAUUUAAGCAGUCUUGUUUUUUAAAAAUUUAUUUCUGAUAAAAAAAUGUAUUAAAAGAAAUAAAAUAUCUAAUUGACAUAUAGACUAAUCAAAAAUAUUUUACAGAAAGCAAACAAACUAAAAUUAAAUUUCCUUUUUUUUUUCUGUUUAUUUUAGAAUUUAAAGAAUAUCUAAUUUUUAAAAAUAAUUUCUGGUUGUUCUUCAUAGCUACAAAUAUUCAGAAAUGACAACAUUCUAUAUACACCUUUUCAGUAAUUCUGAAGUGAAAACAGAGAAUGAUGAUUUUAUCCCUGUGGGUAUGACCUUCAGCAAUAACUUAAACAACAGCAUGGCUGACAGCAGUAGUAGCAGUAAGAACUCUUCGAUUAGUGAAAAUGAUGAGGUUACAUGUGUGGGUGUGUCUCAGAUCGGAGGAGAUUGUAGCGUUGAAGACAAGGUAGAGUUAUCUUUUACCUGUUUAAACAAAUAAAAUUUAUAGAUAAAAACUAACAAUUUAAAUGAUGUUUAUUGGCAAUCAUCAGCUAGUUGGUUAAAAUUCUUUCCGGGUGAUGUAGUUAGGGUAAAAAAACAGGUAUAAUGGACUAGUCAUCCCAGUAAGGCAAAUAGCCCUUAUUAAAAAUCUCCCCUGGAAACUGACCAGGGCCCAUAUACCUUCAUAAUGUCGCCAUUCCAGGACUAUCUUUUGACACAAAUCACAGCACAUGUACUAUGCCAAAAUAAAUCCAGAAUGGAAAAAAAACCAUACAAACUUAAGCAUGUGGCAUCUAUAGUGUUUUCUUAUGCAUGAUUGCCAUCAUUUAUACAUUUAUUAAAUACAUUUUGUCAAACCCAAAAAUUUUAUAUUGUUUUUCAUGAGUGUUAAAAUUAACUUGCUGGUUAUAAUAAACAGCGUUACCAAAUUAAAUUAACCAAACAAUAAAAUAGAAUAUAACUCUUUUACUUAGCUGUUUUAAAAUGAUUAUUAUGUCUUUUAUAAUAAUGAGUUUUUUGCUUUCUAAUCUGUUCUAGAUUCAUUUGUUGCAAAGAUUAAGAGACCAAGCUAACGCAGCCAACUUUAACAGUAACAACAGCAGUAAUCAACACGGAGGCGUGUACCAGCAUUACAACUCCUUCACAGGUCAGAAUCUUUCACCCUUGUUCUUGUUACUAGCUGUCAGUACAUUAAUUUAGAUGGGAAAAGCACACUGGGACAGGGAUAGGGGUGCUGUCUUUUUUUGUGUGUUUUGGUCUGAAUGGGUGCUGUCAUUUUUGUUGCCCUUCACAUACUAUAUACGCCAGCGGUUCUCAAUCUGUGGGUCGCGAUCCCUUUGGGGGUGCGUAAGGGUCGUCUAAGCCUAUCGGAAAACACAUAUACUCUACAGUUAUGAAGUAGCAACAAAAAUAAUUCUAUGGUUGGGGGUCACCACAACACGAGGAACUGUAUUAAAUUUGGAAGGUUGAGAACCAAUGAUAUACGGCUUAGGUUUGAUGUGCAUUCAUUCUGGGUUUUUGUUUUAAUGAAUGAGUGGCAAAAAAGUCUGGUCAGGUGCCCCAAACUCUAGCUCCUCCCCUGAAACAGCAUGUCAGACUAUCCAUAUUUUUUAAUAUAUUGUUUCUUGUUGAGCGAAUGGAAAGACAAACAUUUAUCUGCUUCUUCUUCUAAGUCCUACAGCUGCAGCCCUUCUGCAUUGCUUAUUUAAUGUUAAAUCUAUUUACAGGAAUGAUGAAUACCAGGAUACCCCCCAUGUUUGACCAUUUCUUCCCAAUGUCUCUUUUAGGGUCAAGCAUGGGUCCCCCGUCGAUGGUUCCUCUGGGUAACAACACGGGGUACCAGGGGGAGACUGGGUUACCAAGGAAGAGAAAGAAAAAGCCCAAAAAAGCCAAGCUUUUGUCUUCCCCUGCCCAGGCAGCAUCUCUUACAGAGGGAGAAGGUAAUAAAGUAGUGCCACACUUUGUGGUCAUUUGCUUCAUUGAAAUUUAAAUUGAAAUUAGCUGGGGCAAAGCAGCCAUGUUGUGCGUAUAAAAUAAGGGAGGAGGUGCAUAAUCUAUAAUAAAUCAAUAAUAAUAAUUCCAGAUGUUGCUCCAUAAAUCCGCCUAUGGUUAGUUGUAUUGAUUUUAUGUAGAGUGGGUAGUGACGGGUACUGAGGCUCAGUUGUAUUGAUUCUAUGUAGAGUGGGUAGUGAUGGGUACUGAGGCUCAGUUGUAUUGAUUCUAUGUAGAGUGGGUAGUGAUGGGUACUGAGGCUCAGUUGUAUUGAUUCUAUGUAGAGUGGGUAGUGAUGGGUACUGAGGCUCAGUUGUAUUGAUUCUAUGUAGAGUGGGUAGUGAUGGGUACUGAGGCUCAGUUGUAUUGAUUCUAUGUAGAGUGAGUAGUGAUGGGUACUGAGGCUCAGUUGUAUUGAUUCUAUGUAGAGUGGGUAGUGAUGGGUACUGAUGCUUAGUUGUAUUGACUCUAUAUAGAGUGGGUAGUGACGGUACUGUCAAUGAGCUUCACAAUUAGUGUACAAAUCAAUAAGAGUAGGAAGUCAAUUACCAUCAUACCCAAGAGUACCCCGUGACUGUUCAAAACCCUUCCAAUACGCGUAUGGUACUAAAUUAAUACCUUAAGUUGAUACCAGUCAGAGCUUAGAACUACCUAAAAACCUUAAGUCAGUAAGCAAAAUGUAGAGCAACCAUGAGUAACUUUUCUUGCUCUUCAGCUAUUAAGUAAAAAAAUUUAAUAAUUUUGAUGCCAAAUUUCAAGGGAUUUAAUAUAAUUCAACCAAUGUUGCAAAUGUUUUACUUCUUAAUUCCCAUGGGGCGAACAAGAUCCACUCUGGAAUUAGUAUUGUAUGUAGAUAUCCUCAGUGCAAACGGUAUAUUUAUUGUGUGUUGCCUUGUAAAGAAACAUUAAAAAAAAAUGUCAUGCAUCUGGUAAGGAGGGAGGUCCAUGGAUUUGUUUCUAUAUGCGAUAAAAGUGCCUGAUUUGGGUUCAAAUUUAAAAGAAUGUUGGGGGAGGGGGGGUGCUCGUCAAUCAUCCGAUAUAGCAUGAUGUCAUUUAUGGAUGGGCCCUAAGAACAAAAACAAAAAAACUAAACAAAUCAAUGCAUGUUUCUUAAUAAUUAUGAGUAACCUAAAAGUUGAGCAUUUGUGUAAAGGAGGAUAUUUAAACAAAAUAAUAAAAUCUUUAAAAAAAAAUUAUCUCAAUUAUAUUGUUUUAGAAUGUACAAAAAUAAAAAAAAUUAAAGAAAUUAUUAGAAGCUUUUCUAUUUGAAAAUUUGAAAACUCGUAAUUUUAUUAGGUGCCUUACAUCACCUUGUUACUAUUCAUUCUUUCUCAGACUUGCUGAAGAGUUCAAUGUGCUCUCUGUGCCAGGCUGUGUUUGCCAGAUUCACUGAUCUGCUUGCUCAUCACAAAGCUGUACACAACUCCGAUACCAACCACCCGCUUCGGUGCCGGGCAUGUGGCCGCACCCAGACGUCGGAGGCAGGCCUCAUCUACCACCAGGUUUACGUCUGUAAAAUGGUGGAGAGGCCGCACCCCUGCCACAUCUGUGGUCUCAAAUUCCAGAGUGAAGAGAUGGUGCUGGUCCACAAAUGCAGCGGUUGCCCCAGGAAGAAGUAUGCCUGCGAGUUCUGUGAUCACUACCGCACAGAGUCCUCAAGUGAUUUAGAGAAGCACAUGAGGAUUCACACAAAUGAUAAGUGUUACGUAUGCAGAGUUUGUGGGUUCUCUACAGCUUGGAAGAAGAACCUGAAAGAGCACAUGGUCAAGCACCUGGGCCUGAAGCCUUAUGUUUGUGAUUUGUGCGGCUACAGCACAUCUGACAGACACAACCUCAGGGCCCACCGUCUUAAGCAUUAUCAGAAGGGGGAGGGCUGUGAGAAGUGCGGGGGUGAGUGCCAUUGCAAGCCCCUCGCGAUUAAGAAGAGAAAAAUGAGCAGCGGCAGUGCCGGUGAGGCUGGGAGCCCUGGUUCCGCUGGGGGCAAAGAUCUUGAGUGCCCCUAUCCGCAGUGUGUGUACCGCACUAAAAUUGAGUACAUGAUGACCAAUCAUAUGCUCAGGCACCAGGGUAUGGCCGAGCACAACCUGAGCAGCCCUGGUGGCAGUGUGAGUAAUAACACUGGUGGAAAUAAUGCUCCUGGUGUAGGUGGGUCUAGUUACCCCAACAACCAGCAUAAUGGGCAGGAGCAGAAUAAGAGCUCUCACCAUCGAGGUCAGGGUGUCAUGGCAAAUAAUGGUGUAGGGGGUCAGUAUGGGAGUGGCGGGGGUGGGCAUCAUAACGCCUCUUCCCCAGCCUCGUCCAUAUCUUCCUCCUCAUCUACGAUUCCCCCGACCUCUUCAAUCCAGUCCAGCCAAAAUAACCCCCCAUCUCUUGUGUCACAAGCCAAUCAGAUCCCUAUCGAAUGGAAGGCAUUAGGGCAAGUCCCACCUCCUGGUGUUUGUGGGGUGCUGGCCGGACCUGGCCAUUUCACAACUCUCGUUCACCACCAGCAGGUCCCCCUCACCUCUCAGGCCAUGACAUCGUGGGCCUCCCCUCUCUCCCCACCCACGGUCCCACCCGGUCUGCUUAGCAAUCGGGUCAAUGUCCAGAUGGCUGGUCAGAACAUGGUUGCUAGACCCAUGCCUGUUUUUCCGAACAUGCCGAAUUGACAAUUCGCUGUACCUACAGAAAGUAUAUAUGUUCAGCAAUUGAACUUCUUUUGAACUCUUUCUGUAGUUUGAGCAACAGAACUCACAUGAUCAUCUUCCAAAUUGUCAAUGACUUGUAGAAUUUACCUAAUCAUCUUUCACACUAGCUGACUAGCUGUGACACAGUUUGCUUAUUUAUAAUAAUAUAAAAAAACUGAGUGACAUAAAAAUAAAUACAAAUUUAUAUAUAUAUAUAUACAUAUAUAUAUAUUUAAACUGUGGAAUGGACAAAAGGCAGAAGAGGGUUAUUACUGAAAAAGAAACAAUACAAAAGACAAUGACUUGAGUUAGUCAGAUGCUGAAAACAAAAAAAAAUGGAACUGACAAACUGCGUUGAAGAAAUCUUGAUGCUGAUCUUAAAAUUCAAGUAUCUUAUGAUUCAGCCAAGAAACUUAUGCUUCAACAACUAGAAGAGGGAAGCAUCUGGCAAAUAGCACAGAUCACAUUCUUGUGAUUACCACUGUGUUGCCGAAUUUCUCUCAGAAUCAAAGGUGGAUGACAGGAUGUUACUGUCAGUUUGGAGCAAAAGCAACUAUCUGCUGAAUGGGAUUGACUUAUUGUAAGGGCAGGACAUAAUGAACUCAAUCGGAUGUAGCACACCAAUAUUUUGAAAACCAGCUUUUGUCCGCUAUACAGGUAAAUAUAGUAUUGAACUGUUGAUAAAAGAAAUCAAAGAAAUAAAUUUAAACAAUCUUUGAUGCUCCAUUGGUUUAACUUAAAGCAAUCCAUGUCUUAAAAUGCAGAUAACCAGACAAUGUCUUAACCGAGCUGAACCAUAAAACACCUAAAAAUGGUAGUUCAUUUAAUGUUCACCAUUUUCUCUCUUAAAAAAAAACUACUGAACUCUAUCAUAUGAAACUUUUCUUUCAUAUAUGAUGUUUGUGAGUGUUUAAAAAAAACAAUGUAAUUCAACCCAUUCUUAAUCAAAUCGACUAAUUUUUUUCCUUCUAAUUUACUUCCCCCCCUCAUCCCCUCAAAUUUAGCUGUAUAUAUCAUAUAGUGACAUUUGAUGAAUCAUAUAAUAUAUGUAAAUAGUUAUCCUAUCUGCUUGAAAUAUGAAACAAAGCAAAUAUGUUAAGUAUUUUCAGAGGGCAUAGGAAAUCUAUUUUUGAUUUAUGCUCAUAACAAAUAUGUUUUUAAUUUUGUUUUUUAUACUAUCAAAUGAAUAUGGAUGUCGUCUUACCAGAGCACAAAUAAAUUAAAAUUUAAUAUUUAAUAUUUUUUGUGCACUUAGGAAUCUCAAAUAAUGUUUAAUGGUACUGUAGUUGGCAAAUGGUUUUAUAUUAAGCAAUGAGUGGUAAGCAUAACCAUGUGGUAUUGAAUGAUUCAUUUAUGUUUUGCUACUGUCUGCAGCUAUUUGAAAAUUGCGGAGUGGAGUGACCCAUGUUUUUUUCGCUUUGUAUUAAAUUGUAUAAUCACAAAACAAGACUGUGCCUAUUAAUGGUAUACACUCACCAGAAAUGAAAUUGAAAUAAAUCAGAAAAAAUGCUAAGUAUUUCGUAGUAGUCCACAGUUUUGUUUAUGAGAAGCAUAAAGCUCGGCUCAACACGUACACGUUUUUGGUUCUUUUUUUUUUUUUUGAGCCGCUAUACAUUUAGACUGUUAAGCACAAUGAAAAGUGUGUUAAAACUCUGCAGUAAUGCCUAAAGAGUGUUGUAGCUUCUAAGCUCCUAAUUUAAAUAUUUUUUAUAACAUUCAGUUUUCAGACAGGUUUUUAAAAAAUCUAACAAUAUAAUGGAAUAUCAACCCUGUUCAAUAUUAUAGUAGUAAGGGGAGAGACUGCAAUCAGGUUAGCAUAAUAGGAAAUUAGCAAAACAAAGUAUGGGGAAAACCAGAAAAAAGGAUCAAAACAAAAAUAAUGAACAUGUCGGCAGGAAGCCUUUGCCAGCAAAC